AUGAUCUGGGGCACCUCUGUUAUUAUAUCCAAGAUGGCGGUUGUCAGCGAUAUCAAGAAAGCACUCAGCCCACAAUGGAGACAUUCUAACCGCGUAUAUGCUAUUCUCGAGUACAAUUACAUCGUCUUCCCAAUUACUCUUGCUCUCGUGUUUUACUCUUACAGAGAAUUCGUCAAUGCUAUCGGCUACUGGGUCAAGGUGUCCGACGAUGGCUGGAACAGUUCAGCAAUCAAGCAUUUGGUCCUAUAUGGAGCCAUCCUUCUCUUACAGAUGCCGCCAUUUGGCACACUGCAUGUCUGUCUUGUGACGAAGGGAACGAAUGUGCAAACAGUAUUGAAUUCGACUCGCUGCUGGGAUGUUCUGACCCAGCGAAGCCACCCAUCAGUUCGGUUCCAUGUCGUCCUUGACAGUGCCGAUAAUGAACACUUUCGAAGAGAGCUGCCAUCAUACAUUACAAUUGAUGAAGUACCAGGGGCGUUCUCUCCAAAGAGGGCUAAGUUCAAGGCCAGGGCGUUAGAGUUCUUUCGCCAGAAAUACAACUUCACCAAAGAAGAUUGGAUAUUGCAUCUAGAUGAGGAAUCGGAAAUAGAUGAACGUGUUAUGCGCACGUCACUGGACUUCAUUGAGAAGGGUACGGCAGACUAUGGCAUGGGCACCAUCUAUUAUACCUCAACCGGCCAUUGGGACAAGGCGUUUACAUCUGCAGCAGAGGUAAUGCGAGUGACUGAGGACUAUGGCCGGUUUCAACUGCCCGUGCGGCUAUUUCGCCGCCCCUUCCUAGGUUGGGUCCAUGGGUCAUGGAUCUUGAUCAAUGGAGCGGUUGAGAAUAAAGUUACCUGGGAUACGGAAAAUGUGUGUGAAGACUACUGGUUUGCGUACCAUGCCGCAGCGCAAGGCUUCAAAUUUGACUGGCUUCAUGCCAUAGUGCGUGAACAGCCACCCUGUACAUUCACAGACCUCUGGAAGCAAAGAAGACGCUGGUUUACCGGAAUAGGAUCAUUUGAUAGGUUCCUUGUGCGCGCUGCUCUGCUUGCAGGGGCUUUUGGUGGGAUAGGAAGUCUGAUCUUCCCUUUAAUUGGUGUUUUUGGACAGAGGAUUGCUGUCCCGACCUGGUACCGAGAAUUUAUCAUGUUCAACGAUGCAGCAGGCAUUCACGCUAUUGUGUCGGCUUGCUUGCUGCAAGAUUUCAGUGUGAUAGGGUUGCCGUGGACAUCCAUGCUCUAUCAUGUUGUCACGACACUGCUUCUGUGGCCAGUAGUGCAUAUCGUGCAUAUUAUGGCUCUUUUUUCGACCAUGAUGUCCCCAGCAAAGGGAUUCGCCGUGAUCAAUAAAACUUAG